AUGGCCGAUUGCAAUGACCACAAUCGUUUGUUGCAUGUAGGCCUAGCGCCUUUCAGAAUAACUAUGUCAGAUCCGGUAAUGAAUGAUUCCGGUCUAUUUGGGAUAUCCUUGAAUUGCGGGUUGCACGCUUCACGCGUCGUAGGUAAGGGUGGGUCUAAAAUUCAGGAGUUGAUCGGGAAAUCGGGGGCGAACUUGCGCGUUAAACGCAACUCCGGAUUCUGUGAUAUAGUCGGUUCCGUAUCAGCGGUGCAUGCGGCCACGCAGUUAGCUAUCAGUGUCAUCGAAGAGGGCUGUGUGAGAGACUUGAGAACUGCCGUUUCUCAGGCUCUUGGUAGUAACAAAGCACUGAACGGACUGCUUGCUGAAGUUUCGAGGAGGCGAAUAGAAGUUCGUUGGACAGAUGUCGCAGAAAUCCCAUCUCAUAAAUCUAUUCUUGUGCCCAAACUUGGACUAGAGGAAAUGCCCUUCACGGUUCCAAUAUGCCUGCAGUGACAUGCCGAAAACAAGAAGGUGUUGGCGUGCAUUCUAUCAGAUGUCUCAAGAGGUAGUCUGCAUUGGUAGUCUACUGUAAUGUACGUGGCAUGGAAGUCGCUGUUCCGUUCAGAAGACAUGUUUCGGUGGAUAAUAGUGUUCGCAUUCGUGUAUUUAAUCAAUCAUGUCCGUCGCACGUUCAAA